AUGAAAGGGAAGCAGCACGGGGGACCCCGUGGGGGGGGCCCCCGGGGUGGGGGCCCCCGGAAAGAUAAAAAGGCGCAUGCACGCCGCAAGCUGCAGGAGAAACGUGAGAGGGAGCAGCAAGGAGGGCGUCUAUUAAGGCGGCCAGAUAUAAAGGGUUUAGAUGGCUACACAAGCUCCGCCGAAAUGCAGAAAAAGAAGAAAGAGGGGGGUCCCCCAAAGACGUUCAACAAGCAGCAGCACUCACGUCACAGCAGCAACGCGGAGGAGAAGCAGCGGGGGCCCAGGGGCCCCAAGGGACCUGAGGGGGGCCCCCAUGGGGGCCCCCGGAAGGAGAAGAAGUUCGUUCAAGGGCCUCCGGGGCCCCGCCGCAAUGAGGGGGGCCCCAAAGGAGCAAAUGGAGAAGAAGAGCCCCGCAAACGCAAGCUGAUAGACGGCCAAGAUAAGCUGAGGAGGCUCCUAGAGAAACACCCUCAGCUGCUGCAUGCGGGAGAGACAGCAGAUGCUGCUGUUGCUGCAUGUUUUAAGAAGGCAGCGAGGCAGCAAGCCGACAGUACAGACCCAGAUUCCUCUCCCCCACAGCAGCAAGAUCAGCAGCAGCAGCAACAACUGAGCGGCAGCAAACGCCGCAAACUGCUGCGCUUAGUAAUCAGCAGCAAGACAGCAGAUGACAAGGUCUUUGUGCAUGAGUCUUACCAGCUGUAUAACGAGAUCCUGCGCGGGAUACGGCAGACGGAGGAGAGUGGGGGGGGGGCCCCAGAGGGUUCAGGGGGCCCCGGGGGCCCCCGCAGCAAAUCAACGCUGCAGCGUAUAGUAGAAAGGGCUGUGAAGUUUCUUGAGGCUCCUUUAAGUCGGAAAGACCGGCACUGCUGCACCGCCCGCCUCGCACAAAUUUGUCUCAAAUACGCGGAGAAGGAGACGAGAAAACGCCUGUGGGAUCUGCUAGCAAAGGACUUUUUGGAGUUUUGUUGCUGCAAGUCUUUUCAUCAUGUUUGCAUUAAAAUGUUUCUUUAUGCGACGGCAGAACAAAAAGAAAAACUUUUGUCUCUUCUUAUUAGCCGCAGAGACACUGCAUUCACAAAGCACGGGGCGACUGUCUGGGAGUAUUUCUUCACCUCUCAGAAGACAGCUGUGGGGCAGCAGAAGCUGCUGAAUUGUUUGCUGCUAGAGCCGACCGUGUUGGUGUCUGUCCCCCAAGUGCAGCAGCAGCAAUCUUUCUCUCAAGUUGUUAGUCUCUUAUCUGAGCCCCAGCGGAAUCAAACACUCGAAAGCCUCAACUCUAUAAUUCAAAAGUUUGUUGAUAAAGAGCUUUUAAACAAGGUGUAUGUACACCGCAUCCUCAAGGGUUUCUGCAGCGUCGCCUCUUCGCAGCAACUCUCUGCGAUGUGGAGGACAACAGCAGAAGGCGCGCUGCAGCUUGCUACUACCAAAGAUGGUGUCGAGGCUUUGUGUUCUCUGUUGGGAUUUGCAACAGCAAAAGACAGGAAGGUUUUAAUUAAGGGGCUGAAGCAGCACUGUCUCGCCUUCGCGACAAACCCCGUUGACUGUCUGCUGCUGCUGCGGCUGCUGUUGACUGUAGACGACACAAAACUGCUUUCAGAACAAAUACUUAAGGAAGUACUCCCUAAGGCCCUUGAUCUCGCCUUCGACCCCUACGGGCAUUUGCUGCUGCUGCAGCUUCUGCAGCAAGAUGGGGUGUCUAGGCAGCUGCCUACGCAUUAUCACACUCUGCUCAUGCUGCCGUCUCCCACAAGUUUGAAGGGUCUUCAGCAGCGGCUUCAAGAGCUGAGGCCUGCUGCGGUGUCUGCUGUCUCUUCUUCUUUCUGCUCGCUGUCUAUAAAGGAGACAGACAAAGACAAAAGACAAUUCAGAGAUAUCAUCACCAACUGCUGCGCCUCCAAAGUGCUGCUGCAGCUCGCCUUGCUGCCGGAGGGGCAGCCAACUGUUUUGCGGGUGUUGGAUUUGGUAGAAGAAGAAUUAAAAGGAGACAAAAAAGAAAUCAUAGAAAACCCGGGGACGCAGCGUGUUGUGUGUUCGUUAUUAAAGGAGGGGUCUCCUGAGGUGUUGUCGCGUGCUUGGGGUGUACUGUCUCCUCAUCUGUCUGCAUUAUUAGAGACAAAAGGAGUAUUUCUUCUCUGCCGUCUCUUUAAAAGGGCUUCCGAAACGCAGCAAGAGAAGCUGCAGACAGAGGUGAGAAUCACAACAAAUACCAGUAGGCCCAGUUGGCAGCAGCACCAGCAACAGCAGCAGCAGCAGCAGCAGCAGCAGCAGCAGCAGCAGCAGCAGUAA